AAACCGUUGGAUCCAAUCCAACCGAAAAAAAACCUUUCCAGUGAAGUUACAAAGCGCAAAUGUCUAAUCCACAACACUUCAGGGCGAUAAUACCUUAAACCCUAAACAACAACAACAAUGGCGACGCUGCUUAGACUCAACAUACCCACCACUUCUCUCUCCUUCACCACUCCCCGUGCUUCUCCUCCUCGCAGCAGAGCCACAGUUUCCGUCAGAACGAAACCGUCGCAAUUCCAUUCCUCCUCCUCCUCCGCUGUUUACCUUACCAACCGCCAGAGAUUCAACUCCACCUUCGCCUCUUCUUCUUCCUUAGCUAUUGUGGAGACCGAAGAAGAAGAUCCCUUCGAUGCUCCCACUGAUCUCACCCCUGACAAUCGAAUUCCCGCCACUAUAAUCACUGGCUUCCUCGGCUCUGGUAAGACGACAUUGCUAAACCAUAUAUUGACGGGAGAUCACGGGAAGCGUAUAGCUGUGAUUGAGAACGAGUUUGGUGAAGUGGACAUUGAUGGAUCACUUGUGGCAGCUAAAACUUCUGGAGCUGAGGAUAUUAUAUUGCUUAACAAUGGGUGUCUGUGUUGUACGGUGAGGGGUGAUCUUGUUAGGAUGAUUUCUGAAUUGGUUGACAAGAAGAAAGGGAGGUUUGACCAUAUUGUCAUUGAGACUACAGGAUUGGCGAAUCCAGCGCCGAUUAUUCAAACCUUUUAUGCUGAGGAUGAGAUCUUUAACGAUGUCAAACUUGAUGGAGUUGUUACUCUGGUUGAUGCUAAACAUGCUCGUUUGCAUUUAGAUGAGGUUAAGCCUGAGGGAUUUGUCAAUGAGGCAGUUGAACAAAUUGCUUAUGCUGAUCGUAUCAUAGUUAACAAGACUGAUCUUGUUGGUGAGCAAGAACUUGAUUCAGUGAUGCAGCGAAUAAAAACUAUAAACAGCAUGGCUCACAUUAAGCGAACAAAGUAUGGGAAGGUUGACUUGGAUUAUGUUCUUGGAAUUGGAGGUUUUGAUCUUGAAAGAAUUGAGAACUCUUUGAAUGAAGAAGACAAAGAAGAUCACCAUGAUCAUGACCAUGACCACGGUCAUGACUGCCAUGAUCACCACAAUAACCAUGAUCAUGAACACGGGCAUCACGAUUCUCAUGAUCAUACGCAUGACCCUGGUGUUUCUUCAGUAAGUUUAGUUUGCGAAGGAGACUUAGACCUUCAGAAGGCUAACAUGUGGCUUGGGGCGCUGUUGUACCAACGUAGUGAGGAUAUCUACAGAAUGAAAGGUAUCCUCGCUGUCCAAGACAUGGACGAGAGAUUCGUGUUUCAGGGAGUUCAUGAAAUAUUUGAAGGAUCACCAGAGCGGUUAUGGCAAAAAGAUGAGACAAGAACCAACAAGAUUGUUUUCAUCGGCAAGAAUUUGAACAGGGAGGAGUUAGAGAUGGGUUUCAGAGCUUGCUUGGUUUGAUCAUAACAAGAAGUGUUCUAUCUUAGUCAAUAGACUCUUUUCAUGAACGAUAUGAACACAAAAAUGAAACUUUUUUUUUAUCGGUUCUAACAAAAUCCACCAAACUCUACAUUAUUUUAAGAAGAUGGUGAUGAUGAAGAUGAGUCUUUAUGGAAAGAACAACACCAUUAUUAAGUAACUUCUGCUCUGUUUUCUUGGCCCAGUGAACAUCCCCACCACACAUUUGCUUCCUGUAAACCUAAUGCAACCUCCCAUUCAAGUGCAUUCUGACUAAACACAAACCAUAGUAAAGCUCAAAGCUAUCACUCGACGUAUUCUCCACCAAAUCCAGCAACUUCUCGUAACCUAUAGUAUUAAUCAACGAAGACUCGACUCCAACCUUUAUAUCUCAGUUCGAAACCAACGUUGUGUUGUUUGCGUAAUAAUGGUUUCACUGCCGUAAAGCCGACAAUUCUCAUUCGUCUCGAAGAAGACCAAAACAACAUAAGAAAACAAAACAGGGAGAAGUAACAGCUAAAAACAAGUCUCAAACACGGUGGUUUUCUAAAUUCUAGACAGCACAAAAGAUAUAAAGCGAGAGAGUGUCAUCAUCUGGUUGGUUCUUUAAAUGAGCUCCCAUCAACAAAAACAUGUUUCAUAACUUUUAACCACCUACGCAAAACGAAAACAAGAAUGCUAAAAAAGGGAGAGUUUUGAAUCAAUCCCGAAACA